AUGGCUGUGAUCAAGCCUACCGGUUACCCCGUUCUGUUCUUCCUCGUCCCCUACCUUAUCACCCUCGUGUAUGGCAGUCCGCUCCCUCGUGCUGUCAUGAACAUCGCCGACACUGUGGGAGUAGUUCAUACUCUUCCAUCAGGUGGCCUUCUUACCGGUGAAGUCUUCAACGAUGGAGGCCGCAACUACCCUGCCCGUGACCUCCCUGGUGGUGUCUUCAACGAUGGAGGCCGCAACAACCACCCUCCUCGCGACCUUCCUGGCGGCGUUUUCAAUGAUGGAGGUCUCAACAACCAUCCUCCUGCCCGUGAUCUCCCUGGCGGUGUCUUCAACGAUGGAGGCCGCAACAACCUUGCUCCUGCCCGCGACCUUCCAGGCGGCGUCUUCAACGAUGGCGGACAUGACAACCACCCUCCUGCCCGCGACCUUCCUAAUAAGUACACUUAA